GCGGCCGUGGCCGGUCCGGGCGGGCGGCGGCGGCGGGUGCUCGGAGCCGGGCGGGGCGGCGGCGUUGGCGGCGGCGGCGGCGCGGGGACGCGCGCUGUCUCUUUAAGGGAGCUCGGUCUGGGGUGGCGCUUUCCUCCGCGAAGGCUCCUUUGAUAUUAAUAGUGUUGGUGUCUUGAAACUGACGUAAUGCGCGGAGACUGAGGUCCUGACAAGCGAUAACAUUUCUGAUAAAGACCCGAUCUCACUGCAAUCUUAAGCGUCCUCUUUUUUGGUGCUGCUCCUUUCUCCAGACCCCGCGUCCUCUCGAUCGCUCUCUCGCCUUCCUAAUUUUUUUUUUUUAAACAAAAAACAACACCCCCCCUCCCCUCUCCCACCCGGCACCCGGCACAUCCUUGCUCUAUUUCCUUUCUCUUUCUCUCGCUCUUUCUCUCUUUUUUUAUAAGGGGGGGGGAGGGAAGGGAAAGGGGGGGAGGCAGGAAAGACCUUUUUCUCCCCCCCCCCCAAUAAUCCAAGAUCAACUCUGCAAACAACAGAAGACGGUUCAUGGCUCUGGCCGCCGCGCCACCAUCUUUCGGGCUGCCGAGGGUGUUCUUGACGAUUAAUCAACAGGCCUCAGAAUUGAUACUAUGAAAGUGAGUAAGAGCGAUGGAUCUUAAUGAUGAAUCCAAAUUAUGGUAGCAUAUUCAUCCUUAUCCUAUUUUGGAAAAUCACAGCUAGAGUUUUAAGUGAGAUGUACAGAUCAGCUCUCAAAAUGUCUUCUGUGUCUUCUGAGCGUCUUCUAAGACAAUUGCAUUAACCCUCCUGCUAGUUGACUAAUAGAAUUAAUAAUUGUAAAAAAAGCACUCUAAAGCCACAUGCCUUAUGAAGUCAAUGCUGGGUAUGAUUUUACAAAUAUGGUCCGGAAAAAGAACCCCCCUCUGAGAAACAUUGCUAGUGAAGGCGAGGGCCAGACCCUGGAGCCUGUCGGUACAGAAAGCAAGGGAUCUGGAAAGAACAAAGAAUUUUCUGUAGAUCAGAUGUCAGAAAACACGGAUCAGAGUGAUGCUGCAGAACUAAAUAAUAAGGAGGAACAUAGCUUGCAUGUCCAAGAUCCGUCUUCCAGCAGUAAGAAGGACUUAAAAAGCGCAAUCCUGAGUGAGAAGGCUGGCUUCAAUUAUGAAAGCCCCAGUAAGGGAGGAAACCUUCCCUCCUAUCCACAUGAUGAGGUGACAGAGAGAAAUAUGUUGGCUUUCUCAUCUCCAGCUGCUGGGGGAGUCUGUGAGCCCUUGAAGUCUCCUCAAAGAGCAGAGGCAGAUGACCCUCAAGAUAUGGCCUGCACCCCAUCAGGGGACUCCUUGGAGACAAAGGAAGAUCAGAAGAUGUCACCGAAGGCUACGGAGGAAACAGGGCAAGCGCAGAGUGGUCAAGCCAAUUGUCAAGGCUCAAGCCCAGUUUCAGUGGCCUCAAAAAACCCACAAGUGCCUUCAGAUGGGGGUGUGAGACUGAAUAAAUCGAAAACCGACUUACUGGUAAAUGACAACCCAGACCCGGCACCUCUGUCUCCAGAGCUUCAGGACUUUAAAUGCAAUAUCUGUGGAUAUGGUUACUAUGGCAACGACCCCACAGAUCUGAUUAAGCACUUCCGAAAGUAUCACUUAGGACUGCAUAACCGCACCAGGCAGGAUGCUGAGCUGGACAGCAAAAUCUUGGCCCUUCAUAACAUGGUGCAGUUCAGCCAUUCCAAAGACUUCCAGAAAGUCAACCGUUCCGUGCUUUCUGGUGUGCUGCAGGAUAUCAAUUCCUCAAGGCCUGUUUUACUAAAUGGGACCUAUGAUGUACAGGUUACUUCAGGUGGAACAUUCAUUGGCAUUGGACGGAAAACACCAGACUGCCAAGGAAACACCAAGUACUUCCGCUGUAAAUUCUGCAAUUUCACUUAUAUGGGCAACUCAUCAACGGAACUAGAACAACAUUUUCUUCAGACUCACCCGAACAAAAUAAAAGCUUCUCUCCCCUCCUCUGAGGGUGCAAAACCUUCGGAGAAGAACUCUAACAAAUCCAUCCCUGCACUUCGGUCCAGUGAUUCCGGAGACUUGGGAAAGUGGCAGGACAAGAUGACAGUCAAGGCAGGAGAUGACACGCCUGUUGGUUACUCGGUGCCCAUCAAACCCCUUGAUUCAAGACAAAAUGGUACAGAGGCCACCAGUUACUACUGGUGUAAAUUUUGUAGUUUCAGCUGCGAGUCAUCAAGCUCACUUAAGCUACUAGAACAUUAUGGCAAGCAGCAUGGAGGAGCACAGUCAGGUGGCCUUAACCCAGAAUUGAAUGACAAGCUGUCCAGGGGCUCUGUCAUUAAUCAGAAUGAUCUAGCCAAAAGUGCAGAAGGGGAGCCAAUGACCAAGGCAGACAAGGGCUCUAGUGGGGCGAAGAAGAAGGACUUCUCCAGCAAGGGAGCAGAGGAUAAUAUGGUCACGAGCUACAAUUGUCAGUUCUGCGACUUCAGAUAUUCCAAAAGCCAUGGCCCCGACGUUAUUGUCGUGGGGCCACUUCUCCGUCAUUAUCAACAGCUCCAUAACAUUCAUAAGUGUACCAUUAAACACUGUCCCUUCUGUCCCAGAGGCCUUUGCAGCCCAGAAAAGCACCUUGGAGAAAUUACUUAUCCAUUUGCUUGUAGGAAAAGUAAUUGCUCCCACUGUGCGCUCUUGCUUUUGCACUUGUCUCCGGGGGCGGCCGGAAGCUCAAGAGUCAAACACCAGUGCCACCAAUGUUCCUUCUCCACCCCCGACGUGGACGUGCUCCUCUUUCAUUACGAGAGCGUGCAUGAGUCCCAAGCAUCGGACGUCAAACAAGAAGGCAAUCACCUGCAAGGAUCGGAUGGGCAGCCGGCUGUCAAGGAAAGCAAAGAACACUCAUGUACCAAAUGUGAUUUCAUUACCCAGGUGGAAGAAGAGAUUUCCCGACACUACAGGAGAGCACACAGCUGCUACAAAUGCCGUCAAUGCAGUUUUACAGCUGCCGAGACUCAGUCACUACUGGAGCACUUCAACACUGUUCACUGCCAGGAACAGGACAGCACUACAGCCAACGGCGAAGAGGACGGGCAUGCCGUGUCCACCAUCAAGGAGGAGCCCAAGAUUGACCUCAAGGUCUACAGUCUGCUCAAUCCAGACUCUAAAAUGGGAGAGCCGGUUGCUGAGAGUGUGGUGAAGAGGGAGAAGCUAGAAGAGAAGGACGGGCUGAAAGAAAAAGCUUGGGCUGAGAGUUCAAGUGAUGACCUUCGCAGCGUGACUUGGAGAGGGGCGGACAUCCUACGGGGCAGUCCAUCCUAUACCCAAGCAAGCCUGGGGCUUCUGACCCCUGUGUCCGGCCCCCAAGAGCAGACAAAGACUUUAAGGGAUAGCCCCAACGUAGAGGCUGCCCACCUGGCGCGCCCUAUUUAUGGCUUGGCUGUGGAGACCAAGGGCUUCCUGCAGGGGGUGCCUGCAGGCGGAGAGAAGGCUGGCGCCCUCACCCAGCAGUAUCCUGCAUCCGGAGAAAACAAGUCCAAGGAUGAAUCCCAGUCCCUGUUACGGAGGCGUAGAGGCUCGGGUGUUUUUUGUGCCAAUUGCUUGACCACAAAGACCUCUCUCUGGCGAAAGAAUGCAAAUGGCGGAUAUGUAUGCAAUGCGUGUGGCCUCUACCAGAAGCUUCACUCGACUCCCAGGCCUUUAAACAUCAUUAAACAAAACAACGGUGAGCAGAUUAUUAGGAGAAGAACAAGAAAGCGCCUUAACCCUGAGGCACUUCAGGCCGAGCAGCUCAACAAACAGCAGAGGGCCGGCAGUGAAGAGCAAGCCAAUGGCAGCCCCUUAGAGAGGCGCUCAGACGAUCACUUAACUGAAGGUCACCAGCGAGAAAUUCCGCUCCCCAGCCUGAGUAAAUACGAAGCCCAGGGUUCAUUGACUAAAAGCCAUUCUGCUCAGCAGCCAGUCUUGGUCAGCCAAACUCUGGAUAUUCACAAAAGGAUGCAACCUUUGCACAUUCAGAUAAAAAGUCCUCAGGAAAGUACUGGAGACCCAGGAAAUAGUUCAUCGGUAUCUGAAGGGAAAGGAAGUUCUGAGAGAGGCAGUCCCAUAGAAAAGUACAUGAGACCCGCGAAGCACCCAAAUUAUUCACCACCAGGCAGCCCUAUUGAAAAGUACCAGUACCCCCUUUUUGGACUUCCCUUUGUACAUAAUGACUUCCAGAGUGAAGCUGAUUGGCUGCGGUUCUGGAGUAAAUAUAAGCUCUCCGUUCCUGGGAAUCCGCACUACUUGAGUCACGUGCCUGGCCUACCAAAUCCUUGCCAAAACUAUGUGCCUUACCCCACCUUCAAUCUGCCUCCUCACUUUUCAGCUGUUGGAUCAGACAAUGACAUUCCUCUAGAUUUGGCGAUCAAGCAUUCCAGACCUGGGCCAACUGCAAACGGGGCCUCCAAGGAGAAAACGAAGGCACCGUCAAAUGUAAAGAAUGAAGGUCCCUUGAAUGGAGUAAAAACAGAGAAAGUUGAUAGAAGUACUCAAGAUGAACUUUCAACAAAAUGUGUGCACUGUGGCAUUGUCUUUCUGGAUGAAGUGAUGUAUGCUUUGCAUAUGAGUUGCCAUGGUGACAGUGGACCUUUCCAGUGCAGCAUAUGCCAGCAUCUUUGCACGGACAAAUAUGACUUCACAACUCAUAUCCAGAGGGGCCUGCAUAGGAACAAUGCACAAGUGGAAAAAAAUGGAAAACCUAAAGAGUAAAACCUUAGCACUUAGCACAAUUAAAUAGAAAUAGGUUUUCUUGAUGGGAAUUCAAUAGCUUGUAAUGUCUUAUGAAGACCUAUUUAAAAAAAAAAAAAACUUCAUAGAGCCUGCCUUAUCCAACAUGAAAUUCCCUUCUUUUAUUAUUCUUUCUUUUGAUGAGUAGGUUACCAAGAUUUAAAAGUGAGACAAAUGGUCAGUGAGAAAAAAAUGGAAGAUGGUAUAUAGUCCUGUUUAGAACCUAGUAGGUCAGAACCAUCUUGGUGAAUGUGUACUAUGGAAACCAUCCAUAAGAAGUAUCACCAGACUAUAAUUAUUAUGUUUGUAAAGAAAGAGAUCAAAGCUGUCUAGAAUUUGGAAGGGUUUACAUAUUAUGAUUCUAAAGCAGUAUUGGGCUGGCCAUUGGCCCAUUUGUUCAAAAACCAUAAAUUGUUGCCUGAAUUUCGAAGUGUCUUGAAAUCCUAGGCAGAUGAGGAGAAGUCUAAUCUCCAGGGCAGUGAAAGGAAAAUGGCACCCUCCUGCAUGAGAAUCCUCUCAUUGGUCAUGUUUCGAAUUUAGACCUAGACAUGCGAGCUGUGGUUAGGCUUGGGGAGAGAGCAGCGGGAAAAGUGACAAUGAUUUUGGCCAGCCCUGCCUGUACAUACACAUGCACACCCUCUCUGAUAUUUUUGUCCUUUAGAUGUUCAAAUACUCCUUUCAAAAAUAGUCCUCGUGUUUGCAAUUUAGGUUCAUUUUGUCCAAAUAUAUAUGCAUUUUUAAAAACAAUGUCCUCAGUGCUUACGUAGUAAUUUUAUUUUAGCCAGAUCUUUUCUUUCUUGUUUGUGAUGAACCAGUUUGGGUUUGUUUUUUAAGCUUCCUCUUGGUCACUAAUCUCACUUGGCACGUUCUAACUAAAGGGGUCCCCUCAGUUCAAAAGACUAGAUGGAUACAAAAGUUCAGACCAUGGGCUUCAUUGGUUUAGAACACAUGGUAUUUCUCCACAAGGUAACCUGCUGUAUUUAUUUAUUUUCUUUUGGUUUAAGUAUAAUUUCCAAACUUUGUGGUCAGGCAGCGUCUAAAGUUACGUUACCACAGACUGACAGUUGGUAUAUGUACCAAUCAAUCCCUUCAUUAGAUUUAUACAGGUUUAGUUAAGUAGCAUUAAAUAGGAUUCUUAGAAGUUUGCUCUUCAUAGUACUUUUAAUACAUAAGGCUUUGUAAAACUAUCCAUGAAGGGAAAGCCUCAGCAUAACUGCUCAGGGAAAUAGGGCUAAAUAACUGAACAUUAAAUAAUUGGUUAAAGGUGCUGUUAGUCGAGCCUCAAUGCUUGCUACACAGAUGUAUGUACAAGGACUGACUUUAAUAAUUUGCAUUAUAUUGUCCCAACCAGUAGUUUAUUUUUUGCCACGGAGAUGUAGAAGAUAUUACAAGCUGCUGGAUGCACUGUCAGAUUAACUUAUUUCAUUAAAGAAGUUGGGAGAACAAAUAGGAAAAAAAAAAAACCUUAUUUUUCUAGUAAAUAUUAAUGUAUUACAUUUCAAAUAAUGGUGCCUGACAUAUUGAAUAAUUAUUUUCUACAGUGUACGUAUGCAACAAAGAUAUUCCAUCAUGCAUUAGAGUCAGUUCUGGCUCUGCCUAGCUGUUUACAUUUGCAAAUGUAGCAAACAAGGUAAUGAAGCAACUAUUUCUAUUGCGGUAGAUAUCUUUUGUGUGUGUGUGUGUGUGUGUGUGUGUGUGUGUGUGUGUGCAUUAAAGUUGUAAACGGUAACAUGAAACAAAUGAAAGUUCUUGAUAUAAUGGUAUGACAAACAAGAAGGAAAUAAAAAUAUUUUUAUGCCUACUUAGGAAAAAAAGGGUAGCACUAUUCAUUCCAAGUACUUUUUUUUUUUAAUUUUUAAGCUCUUAACUCACAUUGUUAUGCUUAAAGUGAUAAACAUAUAUCCUCUUUUUAUUGCUUUGUCUAUGUUUCAGAUGACACAUUUCAGAAAUUAUUUUGAUAAGUGCUGCUGGAAUCUGCAGCACUGAUGUUUUUAUUGCAUUCUGUAGUCGCAUUUGCACUCCAUUUUUACAUUAAUUCGCAGUUGCUUUGUAUUGUUUUGUUUUGUUUGGGUUUUGUUUCUUUUUCACAGUGCCAGGUCUUCGUUUCUUUAAAUGGAUGACAGGUAGAGUUCAACCAGUUUGUGACUGUUGUAGUGAAUGAAGUUAAAAAUGUCUGUCUGAUGUUGUGUUGUCAUUUCCAUUCUUGCAUUUUCAUUUUCAUGUUUAAAAAAAAGAAAAGAGAGAGAGAGAGAGAGAGAAAGAAAGAAAUCAGGACUAAGCCUUCUGCUUCAGUUUCAUUUUUAAAGGGUCCUAUUCCGAUCUUACCUGUCAAGUAGCUCUAAUAUAAUUCACAUGAACUGAGAGAGGUGGAAUGAGGGGCUUGGACAUUCAAAUUAUGUGAUGUCAUUUAUCUUUCUUAGGAAUUUUGAUGAAUGCAUCUCAAAAUGUACAGGCAGAUUGGAGAGGUGACAAAGAUCUAAACAAGAGGAGAUUUCCCAAACAACAAAACUAUAUUUAAUUUUUUUAGUGAAAGGACUAGAAACAAAGUGCACUGUGGCAAUCUGCAAGUAACAUGAUAUGUGGACUGCUCAAAUCAGAAAAUACCCGAAGUUUGGUCAACUUGGGUAGUAGUACAGGUAUGACUUUUUGGGCAAAACUACUCCUUAAGCAGUUUCUCCAGUGUGUUUCUCGUUUCUCAGACACAAAUAGGUUGUUCUUUUUUGAUAUAUAUGUCUUUUUUUUAACCUGUUUUUUUGUUUUUGUUUUUAUUUUUCUCAGACAGACAAGUAGUAACGGUUAGCAAUGGAAAUACAUAUCACUGUUCUUGGAAUAUUUAUGGUCAGUCUACUUUUGGUAGAAUAUUCUUAGAUAGCAUUGACACAAUAGAUCUUAUUCCGUAUUCCUUUAUUAUUGAUUAUUUUAUUUUAUUUUUUCCCAUAUUUUGAUGGGGAAGAGGUUGGGCUAUUAAAAAAGAUGAAAAUUUAUCACAACACUAAAAUACCUCUUAUUUUUUUGACUUAUGAAAGCCUUCAUUCCAGCUCUCAAAAUAUAUUACAAAACUGAUUGGUUAGUGUCUUUAUUUUUAUUUGGGUUUAAGAUUUCGGAAUCAUUUUGUCUUAAAUUAUGAUUUUAAAUGAGCUAUUUAGGUACUUAACAUUUUUUUUUUUUUGAGGACUUUCAAAAUGACUUAGGAAUUUUCCCUCUUGGAAAAGGCUUUCCCUAUGAUAAAAACUAUACGCCAGCUAAAAUUGUAUGUCAUUUAAAAACUGUAAGUCUUUUAAAAGUACAUGUCCAUAUUCUGAAUUGGGCUUUGGAUCAAACUUUAGGCCAAAACCAGCUCAUGCAUUCUCAUUCUUUUUCUCACUCUUUCUCUCUUCAUCUCUCACCCAUAUAUUCAUAUUGUUGUUUGGGAUAGAAAAAUCAUAAAGAGCCAGCCCACCUCAGAAGAUUGUGGACUGAGAGACACUACUCAGUACUCUUAAGUAUAUGAGAAAAGGAUGGAGCUCUCACGGUUAACACGUUAACUCUGUAGUUCAAAAGGAGAAGAGUGUGCCCAUUCUUUCUAUAUGACAUAUUGAGAUGUUCUUUUAAAAAAUCAACUUUUAAGAUAGUGAUGUUUUCUUCUAAACUGUUCUCUUUUAGUAAAGGUAGUUUUUAGAAAGCAAGCAUGGGGAUUUUUUCUAAGGUAACAUUAAUGAGAAGAAGAAAAAAAGUGAUUAUCUUAACAGCUCUUUGUUGAAGCCUGUGGUAGCACAUUAUGUUUAUGAUUGCACAUGUGCACAUAAUCUAUGAUGAUCCAAUGCAAAUACAGCUCCAAAAAUAUUAAAUGUAUAUGUUUUUUAAAAUGCCUGAGGAUAUAUGUUUUUCUUAAUUAAAUGAAGAGUAUCAGUACUGCUACCAAAAUAAUGAUUAGCCUCCUCCUGUGUGGCAACGAAACAUCACCAGGUGACCUGUCUUAAGACCUCUGAAUUGCCUGCCUGUUUAGUAAGUGAACAUGAACACAGUUCUAGAGAGAGAAGAUCUAACAACCCGCGGUGGAAGCAUGAAGAAGCUGGUGGUCAGCUUCUGUGCCAUAUGCCAGCUUUUUGCCUAAAGUUUACUUUGAGCUCACAGCUUCCUGUGUUUGGGUUGAGAGCCAUGAUAAAAAAAAAAAAUGCAAGGCAUCUUUGGUGAGUGAGUAGGUGAAAGCUUGCUGACUGUCCUAGAUCACAGGAGAAAAUGGAGGAAUUGAAAUCCAACCUGAAUAUGAGACUAAAGAUGCUAACCAAAGGUAGGUACUACUAAGUGGAAUUCUAUUAGCAGGCAACUGUAAAUGAGAAGAGGAUAGCAAGACAUGCACCGGGACUUGGAAGGGCUGUGUUAUUUUCCCAAAGAAAGACUUGGCCAAGGGCAGAAGGCAUGGCUUCUUUGCAGUGCACUUCCUUUUGGUUUUCAGUUAGCGUUUCAUAGACAGUGGACCCACGUGUUCCUGCUAGCGGUUAAUGGUUUAGAAAGCAUCAACAGUUAUCUGCAGUAAUUAGGACCUAUGGAAGAUGCUAGGUUGAAGUGUGUCAAGUCAGGGAUGAAGAAAAUGUGAAAUUCAACAUUGGUCCACACAUGGAAACUGGAUAAUGUAUGCUCACAUGUUGUUCUCUUGAAAAGUAGAGCUAGAAGCUUCACUCCGUCCUACACCAGAGAAAAGCAGGAGUAACUUUACAAGGAAAUAACGUUUAGCCUUUCUUCAUCAGAGAAAACGGUCCCUCAAGACCCAUGAGUCCCAAAACUGUAUACUGAUUUUUACCCCUGGUUUUUUUUUAAUUGUAUGACCUGCAACAAAUCACUUUUUUCUUUUUGUGCCUCAGGUUCCUCACCUGUAAAAUGGAAAAAAAAUAUAUUAAUAAUAAUAAUAUUAAUAAUAAUAAUAAUAAUAAUGGUAAUGUAGUACUUGUUUGUAAAGCACUUUGAGAUCCUUGGUUGAAAGGCACCAUGGGAGUGCCAAGUAUUAUUAUAUGGCCAAGGGGCUUAUUUAAACUCUCAGUUCCCAAGGGCCAGGAAAGGUUGGGGUCAUUUUUAUUAAAUAAGAGCUGUAAAUAUCAUAAUUAGGCAGCCUAUAGCGUUGACUAUGAAGAGGCAAAACUAUUACAAGGCUGAUAAAACCAUAGUUUCUUAAUGGCUACCAAGAGGGCAAGUAUCACAAUAAGAAAUGCCAAAUUCCUUUGGGUGACAACAUGAAUAAUUUGGGGGGGUGGGAUGGGACGGGAAACAUCUCAAAAUGCCGAUGUAAAAUUCACCUACAGCAAUAUUCACCAGCAGAAAAUGUCUUUCAUAUGGAAUGAUUUCAUGUUGCUAAGAAAAAAUUCAAUUUGUAGUCCUGAUUUGAAUACUAGAAUGUUGGCUAUAAUAGUUCUGUUCUUACAACACAUGGAAUUUUUUUUGUUUUAUUUAAUUUUGUUUUCAUAGUGCAUGUUCAUUUCUACUCACAAACAUGUUCUUGGUGUAUUUCUUAUGCAAACAAUCUUCAGGCAGCAAAGAUGUCUGUUACAUCUAAACUUGAAUAAUAAAGUUUUACCACCAGUUAUACAUAA